CUCGGUUGUACAGAGUUUCAUCGCUUCUCAUCAAACUGGUCAUGAAACCACGGCCAAGAAUGACCUUGUUUUCAGGAUAUCACAUUACUGGAUGGAACAUAGAUCCCAACGCGAUGUUACGAUACCUGAAGAAACACACACAUCAAUACCUGUGCCCGAUGUGGCAGCGUACAACCUGGACUUUGAUGGUCGAGUAGGCGGGCCCCGGAUGAUAAUGGACCUUGUUAAUCUCUUCGACGAUCGGACCCAACAAUUCUCGUAUGUCGACGGGUAGGAUGCAGCACGCCAGCUCAGUGUAUGAAUACCUCAGCUACGAACAGAAGCCCAAACCUUCUUUCGCUGUCGGAGGACCAAUACUGAAACAUCCUUUCUUUACGUUGGUAGCAUAUACGGCAGCCAGAGACAUUUUUUUAUCAGGCCAAUGGUUACGACUGAGACUGGG